CCAAGCGGUUGACAUUUCCGGCAGCUGUGCGUCUCUUUCUAUUGGCUGGAGUCGGUGGAUCCCACAACAAGACCCUCCCCUCGGCAGAAAUCCGCGAUAUAUCGCCUCCCGUGCAGCGUCAAGUCACAAGGGUCAAGUGAAAGGCAGGUGCUGUGUACUGUCUCUCUCUUUCUCUUCAUCACUGUCUCAGCUACACAUGGCUUUUUCACUCCUGACCCGCCAGCUGACUGCCUCCCUUCAGCAAAACCUGCGUCUUACCACUACAGGUUGCAGAUAUGUGAGCAAAACUGCCACCAAAACCGAAUCAGAGUUUGAAUAUGACGCCCCCUCUAUGAAGACACCCGUUCCAGGUCCAAAGUCCAAGGAGCUGUUGAGACAACUGGGGGACAUUCAGAAUGUUGGAGCUGUUCAUUUCUUCUGUAACUACGAGGAGAGCAAGGGAAACUAUCUGGUGGAUGCGGAUGGCAAUCGAAUGCUGGAUGCAUACACACAAAUCUCCUCUAUCCCCAUUGGUUACAAUCAUCCAGCUUUAAUGAAAGUGCUGACCAAUCCAAACAAUAUGAGUGCUUUUGUCAACCGAGCAGCGCUUGGCAUCCUGCCACCUGAUAACUUCCCAGAAAAGCUGGUUGAAAGCCUUCUGUCAAUCACUCCCAGCGGGAUGUCCCGGGUGCAGACAAUGUCCUGUGGAUCCUGCUCCAACGAGAACGCAUUCAAAACCAUGUUCAUCUUGUACAGAAAUAAGGAGAGAGGUUAUAACGGCCCUUCUGAGGAGGACAUUGGCACUUGCAUGAUCAACCAGAGCCCUGGAUGCCCAGAGUUAAGCAUUUUGUCUUUCAUGGGGGCUUUUCAUGGAAGAACUUUGGGUUGCCUGGCCACGACACAUUCAAAACCCAUUCACAAACUGGACAUACCCACCUUUGACUGGCCCGUGGCCCCCUUUCCCAAACUGCAGUACCCUCUGGAGGAGUUUGUAAGGGAGAAUGCACAGGAAGAGGCCCGAUGCCUAGAGGAGGCGGAGGAUCUCAUUGUAAAGUGGAGGCAGAAGGGCAAACCAGUGGCUGGGAUUGUGAUCGAGCCCAUCCAGGCCGAGGGAGGAGACAACCACGCCUCCCCUGAUUUCUUCAGCAAACUCCGCAAUAUUGCACGCAAGCAUGGCUGUGCUUUCCACGUGGAUGAAGUCCAGACUGGUGCAGGAGCUACAGGCAAGUUCUGGGCCCAUGAGCACUGGGGUCUGGAUGACCCUGCUGAUAUUGUCUCUUUUAGCAAGAAGAUGCUCACAGGAGGAUAUUUCCACAAGGAUGAGCUAAUGCCAGAAAAACCCUACAGAAUCUUCAACACGUGGAUGGGAGACCCCUCAAAGAAUUUGUUUCUAGCUGAGGUGCUCAAUGUGAUCAGGAGAGAGAACCUUCUGGAGGAGGUGACGCGCUCCGGGAAGGCUCUGUUGAACGGUCUUUACGCACUGCAGGCCCAGUACCCUCAUAUCCUGAGCAGGGCCCGCGGUCAGGGAACAUUCUGUGCCGUAGACGCCCGGGACGAUGCCAUCCGUGACAGUAUUUUGAUCAAGACUAGGAACAAAGGUGCUUUUCUGGGCUCUUGUGGAGAAAGGUCCAUCCGUUUCCGUCCUGCUCUGGUCUUCAAGGAGUAUCACGUUCACCAGCUUCUGAACAUACUAAAUGAUGUCCUGGCUGAACACAAAUAAGAGUCCCGGAUGCCCAGAUCGGACAUGAUUAUGAAAUGUUGGGGUCUGAGCCCAGCGAGGGUGUAUAGCUUGUCACAGUUAAUCUCACUUCCUCUCAGUCUAUUCUCCUCCUGACAUUUCCUAUUUAAAAUGAUAGGAAGCUGUUUUCUUUUUUUGAUCAGAAACUUAAGUUAGCCCAGCACCAUAUUUUCUCAUUGUCUGAAGACAGGCAGAAAUUCCAGUUAAAACCCCCUAGUUAAAAUCUAGGGUCCUUCACUCAAAUUUAUUUUACAAACCUAAUCAGUAUUUCAUCUCUAAACUGUAAUGAACCGUAAAUGAGGUCCCUGAGGACCAAAGGGUUCACAAGAACUGUCCCAAGACACCUCUGACCAAAGCAAUAUGAAGACUGCAGAGAUAGAACAGGAUUUCUAACUGCAAUAUUACUUUCCUAGUACUUCAGAACUUGGUGUUAGGACGUUGACGUGCAAGAUUGUGUAUGAACACUGACAAAAAAUGAAACUACUGUCUUACUGAUCUGUUGUUUAAGGAGAUGAAUUCCUAUAAAGUAGAUGCUAUUUUAGUAUCUAUAGUGAAUUGGCAGCGCUGGAAAUUGUUUAUAAUGUGUAACAUUGCAUGACUACAAGAUUUUCAGAGUACCUAUGGUGAAGUAAAAGCAUGUGUGACAGAUUGAAGGUGGAAACAAUGGUGGACUGAUCGUAUCCUGGGGUUCUGGAAAGAGCCAAUGGAAAGUGGAAAAAGUCAGAAGGUUCAGAGAACUGUGGAGCGUCUAUUCUUGUUUUAACAGAACAUUUAUUGAUCUGAAGGAAGUCAGCAUUGGAGAGGACUGUUUUACUGUAUUAGUUUAACUCUGGCAUCCUUUCAAAUAAAAUAUGUGAAUUUAUUCUUGCGAGAACAAAACAUCAUAGCACAACCUGGUUAUAUGAGGGCUGAUACGUUCUACAGGUGUGCCAAAGUCCUAUAGCGUUAAUAGUGUUUCACAGUUAACCAAGGCCAUCAAUUUGUACCCCGGUCUGUUCAAAUAAUAUAAUCAAAAGCACAUAACACUAUCAGACAAGCUUGGGGCAGUUUAGUUUAUUGUCCACCCAGCUCAGGUGAACGAACAUGAUCCCCUCAUUCUCAUGCAGAGAAUAAGGAAAACAUUUUCAGCUGAAACCGAGACGCACAAAAUCACUCGACCAGUUUGAUACAGCUAGCAUGCCUGUAACUGUUUGAGUUUUGGGGUGAUUCUCCUGUUCUGCUUGCUUCAAGCUGAGGGUGAAUAUAGAUGUGGUUUUAAACAUCCUUUUCUUUCAAUAUAUUGAGGCUUAUGUACUUACUAUAUAGUUAGAUUAUGCAAUACUUAUUCUGUGUGUUUACCACUGUGAAGGCCAAAUUUCCAUUUUAGGGCAUCCUUAUUUAAACUGACAUUAAAUUAAUAUAUGUAUAAAAUCACAUCAUGUUAAAACCGAGCGUUUGAACAUUAUUCUUGUGAUAUUGUGUCCCAUGUCUGUGAAAAGUAAAAAUGUAGUUCUGGUUUUGAUUGCAUUUUAAAUGUUCCUUUUAAUGUUGUGAAACACACAGGGCGCUAGAAAGCCAAUAUGUGAAAGUUGCCUGUCUGUACUUGGCAAAGUCUAUUGAAUAGAGAACUGUGUAUCGUUGAUUAACAAUUAUUUAAAAAAGGCUAAAGUUUUACAAUGUUGUGUCAUAAAAUUAGAAAAAAAAUUAUGUAUUUCUACAUAAAUGUUGUCUGAAGAAAAUAUGUCUUAAAAAUAAAUUUUACUUUUUUUGUUAA